CAGAUGCUCGCAGCCCGUCUGACACUCUGAACCGACACAUCUGGACCCAAAUCAGCUGAGAGUUCGGUGCUGGUUCAGCGGGACGCGCGUGCAGAAUGCGUCUCCCCUGCGCGUGGGCGACCUGGACGCUGUGUCUGUGCGCGUUUCUGGCUGUGAGCGCGCGCGACGACCGCGAGGAGGAUGAGACGGUCCUGGAGCUGAUCCAGGAGGACGGGACUCAACCUGAGACCGGGUCCGGACCCACGGCCCAGUUCCUCAGGUGCAACAAGGCUGCGUGGCGGAUGCCGGGUCAGUACCUGGUGAUGCUGCACCGGGGGUCACACGAGUCUCACGUGCAGAGGACCAUCAAGAGGCUGAUGGCCAAAGCAGCCCGGAGAGGGUACCUGCUGGAGGUCCUGCAGACCUACUCUGGGACCUUGCACGGCUUCCUGGUCAAGAUGAGCAGCGAUGUCCUUCACCUGGCGAUGAGACUCCCUCAUGUCCACUACAUAGAGGAGGACUCCUCUGUCUUUGCCCAGAGCGCCCCCUGGAACCUUCAGAGGUUGAUGCAGCCUCAUGGGAGCUCCUCUGAGAAUGGGACGUACAGGCCUCCCAAUGAUGGCGCGAUGGCAGAGGUGUAUCUGAUGGAUGGCAGCGUUCAGAGCUCUCACAGAGAAGUGGAGGGACGAGUGUUCAUCACCGACUUCAACAAUGUACCAGAGGAAGAUGGAGUCAGAGUGCAUCGACAGGCGAGUCAGUGUGACAGUCACGGAACUCACAUGGCAGGAGUGGUGAGCGGGUCGGACUCAGGCGUGGCCCCCGGUGCCGGUGUGAACCUGGUGCGGGUCCUGAAUUGUCAGGGGAAGGGGACCGUGUCUGGAGCUCUGGCAGGCCUGGAGUUCAUCCGAGCCACGUUGUCGUCCCGACCAAUGGACGCCGUCAUCAUCCUUCUCCCCUUCAUCGGCGGCUUCAGUCGAUCACUAAAUGCUGCGUGUCGAGACAUGGUGGCCAACGGCGUGACGGUCAUCGCUGCUGCCGGAAACUACCGAGACGACGCCUGUCUUUACUCGCCGGCUUCAGAACCGGAGGUGAUCACAGUUGGGGCCGUGAACCUGUCUGACCAGCUGAUGUCACAGGGAGCCGGCGGUACCAACUUCGGCAGAUGCGUGGACCUGUUUGCACCUGGUGAUGACGUGGUCAGCGCCAGCAGUGACUGCAUCACCUGCUUCACUUCCCGCAGUGGGACGUCGCAGGCUGCUGCGCACGCUGCAGGUGUAGCUGCUGUAAUCCUGUCGGCCAAUCAGAAGGCCACGCCGCUGCAGGUCCUCCACACCAUGCUGCGAUAUUCCAUCAGCAACACAAUCAAUCUCCUGUCUCUGCCCGAGACGCAGCGGCUCACCACCGCCAACCUGGUGGCAGCGAUGCCUCCCGACAACUUCACCGGUGGGGAGCUCCUGUGUCGGUCGGUGUGGUCAGAGAGGUCGGGGGUCGCAAAGUCCGACACGGCGGUGACUCGCUGCCGUCAGCAGGAGGAGAUGAUGGGCUGCAGCAGCUACGCUCCCGAUGGCGUGGGUGAGGGGGAGGCGAUCACAGUGAGUGGUGGACAGAUGGAGUGUGUUGCCCACAACGGACCAGGGCGUCAGGGUGUGUAUGCAGUGGCCCGCUGCUGCGUGAUGGAGGGUCUGCAGUGUCAGGUCCGCCCCUCUUCACCACCUGGACGAGAUGCAAGAUGUGAGAAUGUUCGGCAACACGUGUCCGCAUGCCUCUCGCGGCCCAGUGGCAGUAAGCCCCACUCGGGGCCUCGUCCCGCCGAGAGGAAUCGCUGCCAGGCCAAAGGACAUGUCACAACUCAAGUGGUGUGCUGCCAUGGUCCCUCUCUGGAGUGCAAAGUGUUGGACAGCGGAUCAGCCGAAAAGAAUAUGGUGGAAGUUUCCUGUGAGACGGGCUGGACUCUGACCAGCUGCAGGGCAGUCGCAGGCAGCUUCUCGAAAUCGUUUGCUGAGGAGAACAGCUGCCGUGUUUUCGGCGGAGUUGGAGACGACCGGGUUGUUGCCGUUGCUGUGUGCUGUCGCAUAAGUCCAGGCAAGCCGCCCCUAUAAUUCUACACGCCGUCCCUCAUAAAGCCUCCCUCCCUUCAUAAACUCAUGAUAAUACUGUGGUGCGACUUCAGCAGUGCAACUUCAAUUGCUUUAAUACAACCAACCCAUUCAGUACUGUUUUGUCUUGUCCCGCGCUUCAGUGAUGUAACCAAAUAUUUUUGUAUCUUUUUUUAAAUAAAACUGGAUAAAAUUGUAUUCUGAACACGACAUGA